AUGCCGGGCACCAAUGCCAGCGGCCCCCCGGGCUUCAUCCUGGUGGGCUUCUCCGACCGGCCCCAGCUAGAGCUGGUCCUCUUCGGGCUCGUCUUCCUCCUGUACAUGGCGACCCUCCUGGGCAACGCGGCCAUCAUCCUGGUGUCGCGGCUGGAUGCCCGGCUGCACACGCCCAUGUACUUCUUCCUCGCCCACCUCUCGCUGCUGGACCUGUGCUUCACCAGCAGCGUCGUGCCCCAGCUGCUGGUCAACCUGGGCGGCCCCGACAAGUCCAUCUCCUACGGAGGCUGCGCGGUGCAGCUCUACGUGUCCCUGGCGCUGGGCUCCACCGAGUGCGUCCUGCUGGCCGUCAUGUCCUACGACCGCUACGUGGCCGUGUGCCGGCCCCUGCACUACGCCCUCGUCAUGCACCCCCGGCUCUGCCGCCUGCUGGCGUCCACGGCGUGGCUCAGCGGCGUGGCCACCACCCUCGUGCAGUCCACGCUCACCCUGCAGCUGCCCUUCUGUGGCCACCGCCGCGUGGACCACUUCUUCUGCGAGGUGCCCGUGCUCAUCAAGCUGGCCUGCGUGGACACCACCUUCAACCAGGCCGAGCUCUUCGUGGCCAGCGUCCUCUUCCUGGUGCUGCCCGUGUCCUUCAUUCUGGGUUCCUACGGCUGCAUUGCCCGGGCGGUGCUGAGGAUCCGGUCGGCCUCGGGCCGCAGGAAGGCGUUCGGCACCUGCUCCUCGCACCUCUCGGUGGUCGUCAUCUUCUAUGGGACCAUCAUCUUCAUGUACCUGCAGCCGGCCCAGAGCAGGUCCAAGGACCAGGGCAAGUUCGUGUCGCUGUUCUACACGGUGGUGACGCCCGUGCUCAACCCGCUCAUCUACACCCUGCGGAAUCAGGAGGUGAAGGCCGGGCUCCGGAAGGUGCUGGGUCGGGGGGCUGUCCACGUCCUUGGACACGCUCCAGCCAGCCACAGCUCCUUAAAGCCUCCGCCCCCUCCUACCGGAGCUGCUCCCAGCCCCACCCCUGCUCACACCCCCUCUGCCUCUUUCCCCGGGAAGCCCUCCAAAACUCUCUUUAGACCGUCCCAGACGGCAGUGCCCGGGGUGGACCCGGCACUCCUUCACCCCGGCCUGCGCUUGGCCACGCGUGCUCUGGGCUCCCCUGCCCUGCCUGGCCGCGCGGUGUCCGUGCCACCCUAG